AAAGGCAUCAACAUAAGCCUUGGGCGCGCCAGCACCUGCAGCUCGGACAGCACCAAGGUAGGAGCCAUCGAAGACCUAUGGAGCCAGGGCCGCGGCCGCUGCCUCCAGCUACGGCGCCUCCUCCGGAGAGCAGCCUUCGCGCGGCUACCUCCCGUGACACGAGCCGUGGUCCGCAGCACGGCGCGCCAUAUGGCGGCGGCACCGGACGUGCUACUCCAGCACUGGUGGUGCGAGAUCGGAAAGGUAUUUCGCACGUUCUUCCUCGGGCGCGGUAAGGACCGCAGCCGAUGGAGGAGGAACCUCGCAGCAGCGACCUACCUCCGCGCGGCGGAUGGCGGCCGCACUGGGGCCGCAGCCGACCCCGCCGAACCGGAGGAGCCAGCCGACGACGAGGAGGAAGUCUGGCCUGACCUUGACGGCGGCAGCGAGCUGGCCGAGCUCGCAGGGGUUGAGGACGAGGAAGACAUCGAGGACGAGCUCACGGUUCCGCGCGCACCAGCCAGGCGCGCCUCGGCCCGGAAGAGGCCAGCGGCGGCGCAGAUAGGGGCAGCCGCAGUCGGGGCAGCCGCAGCGAGUGGCAGCCGCAGCGCUGCCCGGCGGCCCGCGCCACCCCGCGCCGGGAAGGAGCCCCGUCG